GCAUGUGGGUCCAAAUCCCAGGGCCACCUCAGAACAUUGAGCUCAGCAGGAGGGGCCCAAGAGCACACGCAAGCUCUGAGAGCCAGCAGCCCGGACUCCUCUUCCAGACUCCUCAGUCAGUUAACCUGAAGCUCAACUCAGUUAACCUGAUGCCUAAUUCAGUUAACUUGAUGCCACAGAUGAAGAAGAGCCCAGGUUACUGCCUGCGGCCCUAAAGACCAGGAGCAGCUGACAUAUGUAAGGCAUUAGCCCUGUCUGCUCUUCUUGGCAAAUUGUGGAGCCCCGGGGAGUUUCCCUUUUAAAGAAGUGGCCCUUCACAGUUGGAGAACUCAGGACCAGGCUGUCUGUCUCCCUGGGUUCCAGCCCCAGGACUGAAGCCUUACUGCACCUCCGAACUGCUCCUGGUACUUCUGUGUGGGAACCUGGUAAGUCCAGGCCCAUUGGAGAAACCCUGCUCAAUAUAAUAGCACAUGUUCUUGGCUGAGGAAUGAUUUGCUGGUCCACUAUCUCCAUGGCACCCUCUCUGGCUCUGGUUGGGAUUUAAUAUCACUGUUCAGGCUCAGCAGCUCGGUCUAGUCUCCAGACAGUGCUUUCUAUGCACAGGCCAGCACAGAGGUGCCAAAGAAACUGGAAGCAGAUCCCUGAGGGCUUUGUAAUGUUGGAAAUCUGGUGGUUCUGGCCCCUGGUGGCCAUUUGUGCUGCGGACUCAUUCCGGGAGAAGGCGGAGAAAAUCAUGCAGGACACACCUGUUAUUGAUGGGCACAAUGACCUGCCUUGGCAGCUGCUGAAGUUGUUCAACAACCAACUGCAAGACCAGAAAGCCAACUUGACCACACUGGCUGACACACACACCAACAUCCCAAAGCUGAAGGCUGGCUUUGUGGGGGCCCAGUUCUGGUCUGCAUACAUGCCCUGUGACACCCAGAACAAAGAUGCUGUGAAGAGGACGCUGGAGCAGAUGGAUGUCAUAUAUCGCAUGUGCCAGCUAUAUCCUGAGACCUUCUUGUGUGUCACCAACACCUCAGGCAUCCAGCAGGCUUUCCAGGAAAAGAAAGUGGCCAGUCUGAUUGGUGUGGAGGGUGGCCACUCCAUUGACAGUAGCCUGGGUGUUUUGCGGGCACUCUACCAUCUGGGAAUGCGGUACAUGACCCUCACCCAUAACUGCAACACACCCUGGGCUGACAACUGGCUAGUGGACAAAGGAGAUGACAAGGCUCAGAGCCAAGGGUUAUCGACCUUCGGCAAGCGUGUCCUGAAGGAGAUGAACCGUCUGGGUGUCAUGAUCGACUUAGCCCAUGUGUCUGUGGCUACCAUGAAGGCUGCUUUGCAGUCAUCCAAAGCUCCAGUCAUCUUCAGCCACUCCUCAGCCUAUAGUGUGUGUUCAAGCAGGCGAAACGUUCCAGAUGAUGUGCUUCAGUUGGUGAAGAACACAGGCAGUCUGGUGAUGGUGAACUUCUACAAUGAUUUUGUGUCCUGCACAAAGGAUGCCACCCUGGCCCAAGUGGCCGACCACCUGGACCACAUCAAGAAGGUGGCAGGUGCUGAGGCAGUGGGCCUUGGAGGAGACUAUGAUGGUGUUUCUAGGCUUCCUGUGGGGCUGGAGGAUGUCUCUAAGUACCCAGAUUUGAUUGCGGAGCUGCUCAGGAGGAACUGGACAGACACAGAGGUCAAAGGCGUGUUGGCUGACAAUCUGUUGCGGGUCUUCUUAGCAGUGGAACAGGAACCAGAACCUCCUUCAGUGCUCUCAAAGCUCAGGGAAGACUGGCCAAGCCAAGAGCCCCUGCUGUCCAUGUAUAAAAUCCACCCUCUCCUGAACAGGCACCUGGCCCACCUGAGGACAGUGUUAUAUGAUAAAAGUAAUGACCCCCUAAGUACUGAAUGUGUGUGUGUGCUGUCAGUUCCCCAGCCCUGGAGGGGUGAGGUGCUUCUGAGCAUGUGGAAAGCAGAUUCUGUGAUAAUGGACCCUGUGUGGACAGGGACAUGGGAGUGCCUUGAGUUCUUGGGAGGGGAGGGACAGAGGAAACCCAUAUGUCUGAAAGAGGUCUUACAUGGGCAUUGUAUUAUAAAAAAAAUUAAGAUCCAGUUUCCAGUGGCCUCCUCCCAAUGUUACUAGUGCAUAUAACACAUGCAUAUGAUAUAUCCACACAUACUCAUGAGCACACGGCCCACCUACAUGCACACAUGCAUUCAGGUGCACACACACAUACUUAUUUGCACACAGCUCACACACAUGUAUACACAUACUCAGGUGUAUACCAACAUCUAGUCUCAUACAUGAACAUAUGGACCCUGACACACAAGUCACAUAUGCACCCCUGUCCAUUUGGGUUCUAUAGAGCUGGGAAAGGACUCAGGAAUCUGCAUUUAGUCCAGCAUUAGAAGUUUAGGGUCUGGAUGGGGUAGGUGCCAGGACUCUCCAGGGCAACUUCACAUAACUAACAGCAGGUCUUUUCAGACCCACAGGGACAGAAGCAUUCUCUUAUGUGUUCCCUAGCAUGGUACUUUGUUAGUGGAAACAGGGCGAUAAUGAAGCCUUCCAAUGAGCACAUUCAAAGAUGAGUUUCUGAAUAAUUUUGUGAGGGAUAGCAUGGAACAGUCUGUGCUGUGUGGCCAAGGACCCCUUUUCUGGUCCAUGCUGUUGAGAAUACUCCAUCUGGACAUGGGCAGAGAUUGCUUUGUCCAAUGCCUGGCCCCACCUCUGAGAAGAGUCCAAAAGGGUCCUGGGCUCAAGGGCUUUAGAUGCACAGCCUCUCUGAAAUAAGUGUCCUGCCUGCAUGUGUUGAGCCCCAUGGCCAUAUGUCUCUGUGCCUUUCCUGGAAGAUGGGUAGACAGUAACCACAGCCCACAGG